AGCUGAGCUGCAGGCCCGGGUAGCCUGGCCUCCUCCGCCCUUUCGGCUCCCUGGGCGGCUCCUCCGCUAGCCCAGCCUCAAUAACUUCCCCCCCAUCCUAGGCUAGGAGCCUUGCGUGGUGGAACCCGCGCUCUCAUCCCCGGGCUCCACGGCGGCCAUCUUAGAAAAGGUUAGGCCUUGAUUAGAAAUGGGCUUUUGAGCUUCAGAGGGACUGUGACAACCCUGUAAAGAGGGAUCGCCUUACCAAAAGUGCUACACAGCCAGAAAGAGGAAGUCUCCACUGCUGAGUGUGUAAGAGGAAGCACAACAAGGCACCGAGAGCCUGUGAACCAUAAUGACUGCUUUUACCCAUAAGCCAAUUGCAGCGGCAACAGGAAGACCAACGCACCAACCAGGCUGAGUCCCUCCGCUCACAGGGUGUCACCCCCACAAGCUGAAAGUGUUUGGGGAGGUUAGUCAUUGCUGCCCUGGUGCUCCUCUCUCUCCGUGGCCAUCAUGUCUUUGACCUCUGCUUACCAGCAUAAAUUAGCAGAGAAGCUCACUAUCCUGAAUGAUCGAGGUCAGGGGGUUCUCAUCCGUAUGUACAACAUCAAGAAGACUUGUUCAGACCCCAAAUCCAAGCCACCUUUCUUACUGGAAAAGUCCAUGGAAUCAUCUCUCAAGUACAUCAACAAGAAAUUUCCCAACAUAGAUGUUCGAAACAGCACGCAACAUUUAGGACCAGUACAUCGUGAGAAAGCUGAGAUAAUUAGAUUCCUCACUAACUACUACCAGUCUUUUGUAGAUGUCAUGGAAUUUCGGGAUCAUGUAUAUGAACUUCUCAAUACCAUUGAUGCCUGCCAGUGCCAUUUUGAUAUUAGUCUCAACUUUGACUUCACCCGGAGUUACCUGGACUUGAUUGUGACUUAUACCUCAGUUAUUUUACUUCUGUCACGAAUUGAGGAUCGACGGAUCCUCAUUGGCAUGUACAACUGCGCUCAUGAGAUGCUGCAUGGACACAGUGACCCUAGUUUUGCUCGUCUGGGUCAGAUGGUCUUGGAGUAUGAUCACCCUCUGAAGAAGCUGACAGAAGAGUUUGGGCCUCACACAAAGGCUGUGAGUGGAGCCCUCCUCUCUUUGCACUUCCUCUUUGUCCGAAGGAACCAGGGGGCUGAACAGUGGCGCAGUGCCCAACUUCUAAGUCUCAUCAGUACUCCACCAGCCAUGAUUAAUCCUGCUAAUUCAGACACAAUGGCCUGUGAGUAUCUGUCUGUGGAAGUGAUGGAGCGCUGGAUUAUCAUUGGGUUUCUUCUUUGUCAUGGGUGCCUCAACUCCAACAGCCAAUGCCAGCAGCUAUGGAAGCUGUGUCUGCAGGGCUCACUGUACAUCACCCUCAUCCGGGAGGAUGUGUUACAGGUGCACAAGGUCACCGAGGACCUGUUUAGCAGUUUUAAAGGAUAUGGCAAGCGAGUGGCAGACAUAAAGGAGAGCAAGGAACAUGCAAUCACCAACAGUGGCCAGUUUCACUGUCAACGGCGGCAAUUUCUGCGGAUAGCAGUGAGGGAGCUGGAGACUGUGUUUACUGAUGAACCAGGACUACUGGGACCCAAGGCCCUUUUUGCUUUCAUGGCCCUGUCCUUCAUUCGUGAUGAGGUCACCUGGCUGGUUCGCCAUACAGAAAAUGUCACCAAGACAAAGACACCUGAAGACUAUGCUGACUCGAGUAUUGCGGAGUUACUUUUCUUGUUGGAGGAAAUUAGAGCUCUGAUCCAAAGACACAUCAAAGUGAUACAGCAAUACCAUCUGCAGUACUUGGCCAGAUUUGAUUGUCUUGUACUUAGUGACAUCAUUCAGAACCUGUCUGUAUGUCCAGAGGAAGAAUCUAUCAUCAUGUCCUCAUUUGUCAGCACUCUGUCCUCUCUGAAUCUCAAGCAAGUUGAUAAUGGAGAUACAUUUGAAUUUUCUGGAUUGAGGCUGGAUUGGUUUCGCCUACAGGCAUACACCAGUGUGGCUAAGGCCCCCCUGCACCUGCAUGAGAACCCUGACUUGGCCAAGGUGAUGAACCUCAUUGUCUUUCAUUCCCGAAUGCUGGACUCAGUAGACAAAAUGCUGGUGGAAACUUCUGACUUGUCUACUUUCUGCUUUCAUCUCCGUACCUUUGAGAAGAUGUUUGCUAUGACUCUGGAGGAACCCACGAUGUUGCGCUAUGCCAUUGCUUUCCCUCUGAUCUGUGCCCAUUUUGUCCACUGCACUCAUGAGAUGUGCCCAGAAGAGUACCCCCACCUGAAGAACCAUGGUCUUCACCACUGCAACUCCUUCCUGGAAGAGUUGGCCAAGCAGACCAGCAACUGUGUCCUGGAGAUUUGUGCUGAACAGCGAAACCUGAGUGAGCAGCUUCUGCCUAAGCACUGUGCCACCACCAUCAGCAAGGCCAAGAACAAGAAAAUCAUGAAGCAGAGGCAGACUCCCAGAAGAGGAGAGCCUGAGAGGGAUAAGCCAGGGGCUGAGAGCCACCGGAAGAACCGUAGCAUUGUCACCAACAUGGACAAGCUACACCUAAAUUUGACUGAAUUGGCACUGACAAUGAAUCAUGUAUACAGUUUCUCUGUGUUUGAACACACUAUCUUCCCUUCUGAGUAUCUCAGCAGCCAUUUGGAAGCCAGACUCAACAGAGCAAUUGUGUGCCUGGCUGGCUACAAUGCCACGACCCAGGAGAUCGUAAGGCCUUCUGAGCUGUUGGCAGGAGUCAAAGCAUACAUCAGUUUCAUACAGUCACUGGCCCAGUUUUUGGGUGCAGAUGCUUCCAGAGUCAUCCGCAACGCCCUCCUGCAGCAGACACAGCCCCUGGACUCAGGCGGGGAACAGACCAUCACCACUCUCUACACAAACUGGUACCUAGAAAGUCUGCUUAGACAGGCGAGCAGUGGGACCAUCAUCCUCUCUCCUGCCAUGCAGGCCUUCAUCAGCCUCCCCAGAGAGGGGGAGCAGAACUUCAGCGCAGAGGAGUUCUCUGACAUCUCUGAAAUGCGGGCCUUGGCUGAACUCCUGGGACCUUAUGGCAUGAAGUUCCUCAGUGAAAACCUGAUGUGGCAUGUGACCUCUCAGAUUGUGGAGCUCAAGAAGCUGGUGGUGGAAAACAUGGAUAUACUUGUUCAGAUUAGAUCCAAUUUCAGCAAGCCAGACUUGAUGGCUUCUCUGCUGCCCCAGCUGACAGGGGCUGACAGUGUGCUGAAGCGUAUGACCAUCAUUGGGGUGAUUCUCAGUUUUAGGGCCAUGGCCCAAGAGGGACUACGGGAGGCUUUGUCCUCCCACUGCCCAUUUCUUAUGGGUCCCAUCGAGUGUCUGAAGGAGUUUGUCACUCCAGACACAGACAUCAAGGUGACCCUGAGUGUCUUUGAGCUGGCCUCUGCUGCAGGGUUGGGCUGCGACAUUGACCCAGCCCUGGUGGCUGCCAUUGCCAAUCUGAAAGCUGAUACUUCGUCCUCUGAGGAGGAAUAUAAGGUGGCUUGCCUGCUCUUGAUCUUUCUUGCCGUUUCCCUCCCACUCCUUGCCACUGACCCAUCUUCCUUCUACAGCAUUGAGAAGGAUGGUUAUAACAAUAAUAUUCAUUGCUUGACUAAAGCCAUCAUCCAGGUGUCUGCUGCCCUCUUCACACUCUACAAUAAAAACAUUGAGACACACCUCAAGGAGUUUCUGGUGGUGGCCUCUGUCAGCCUCUUGCAGCUGGGCCAGGAGACCGACAAACUUAAAACCAGGAAUAGAGAAUCCAUUUCUCUGCUCAUGCGCUUGGUGGUGGAGGAGUCAUCCUUCCUGACUCUGGACAUGCUAGAAUCCUGUUUUCCUUAUGUCCUGCUUCGAAAUGCCUACCGGGAGGUAUCCCGGGCCUUCCACCUGAACCGGGUGCCUGCCAGUACUCACUAAAGGGCCCUUUGGACCUAGAUAAUCCCAUCCCAUAGUGAAAGCUGUGGUCAUUUUCUCAAGGGGGGAAUGGGGGUGAAGUCACUAGGGAGAGGGCAGGGAGCCAGAGCUGAUGAACAGGAUAUGGAGGGACAAUCCAGGGUCGAUGAAUCAUAGAAAAGUAGGUCCAGCUGUGGGGAAUGGAGGACAGUUUAUGGGAAAAGUCAGGGGGUUGGGGACAUGUGUGAAUUUUUACAAUGAAAAAAAAAAGAGUGAGAUAUGAAUAUAUUCUCUAUCUCUGGUGACUGGAGCUUGAGCUCUGAUAGGCAUGGGUCUCUCUGACCUUCAUCACUAUUCCAGAAUAAUGCUGGCGGACAGAGAUGAUCAAUCAUCAUAUUAAACCAUAAUGAGCUUAUAAUCUUCCCACUGGAGCUGCUAUUGUCUCCUGCACAUUCAUUAUGACGAUUAUCUCUUCUCUUCCUUUUUCAAAUGUGUUCAGCAAACGUUCAAUCUGUUUCUACUGCAGAAUGGUAGCACAGAAACCCCUCUUUUCCUUUGUGGGGCUCUUUUAGAAGUCACUAGGGCUCCUCCUUGGCCUCAUCUUGACUGCCUUUCCUACUGGGCAAGCAGGAAUUCUUCCGAGAUUUCCACUGUCCACUGCUACACAUUUGUGGGUAAUGAGUUCUUUUAUGAUUUUUCUCUGAUAUCCCUACAACCUAGAGCAAGAGGUCAGUCUAGGUUGCUUUUAGGUCAGCCUAGACCUAUGACAACAAACUGAACCAAGCUUAUGUGAGUUUUCCCAUUUAUACCAUUUGGGGGUACUUAUCUGGAGGGACUAAUUUAACCCCGGAUCCUCUUGUCAGCCUAGGUACAUCUGUUGCUCCAGGCAGGGAUUUCUCUUCUAGAUCUUAAACUUCAUAGACCUCAUUAAGUUGUAGGGCCCUGAGAGUGGGUAUCCUUGAGGGAGUACAAGCUGUUUCAACUUAGCCCUUUUCUGCACUAAUUAGAAUUUCAAGUGUCACAGAGCCUGGGGCAUUCAGGAUAGUACUAAACUAGGUUUAGUUAACUCCUUGACGGGAGCCGGUGGACCCCAUUCAUCACUGCAGUGCACCCACUGCCAGGGAGGACUAGAGCAACUGAUCAUAUAUGUCACAAGUCGAGAGUGGUUGGAAUGGGCAAAUAUAAUUAUCUAGUUGAUUAAUUAGGGUCAUGCCCAUACUUCCACAAUGAAAGGGAAGCAAUUGCUGGUUUUCAGCAAAACCAUCUGGUCUUCAUUAAACUUAUUAAACUUAUUUGAUUGCUGUUUUUGGA